AUGCUCGUGGCAGAAUCGUUGCAACCGUUUCUCACGUCGAAGGUGAUCCACCUGACGUGGGCUGGCACCUACCGGUGUCGGCCUCAGGCGUACUUCCAGCCGCGGACCCUCGAGGAGAUCCGGACUUUGGUCAAUGAAGCCCGCCGCCAGGGCAAAACGAUCAUGACGGUGGGCUCAGGCCACUCGCCCAGUGACUUGACGAUGACGAACGAGUGGAUGUGCAAUUUGGAUAAGUUCAACAAGUUGGUGCUGACGACUGAGGUGCGUGGGCCCAAAUCUGAUGGUAAGGGUGAUGAAGUGAAAUUUGUCGAUUUGAAGGUGGAAGCCGGGUGCCGGGUCUAUGAAUUGAACAAAUUGCUUCAAGACCUCAACUUGGCCAUCCAGAACUUGGGUCUGAUCUCCGAUCAGCUGGUGGCAGGGCUCAUCUCUACGGGGACCCACGGCCUGACUCAGUACCACGGGCUUGUGUCGCAGCAAGUGGUGAGCAUCGAGAUCAUGAACAGUGCCGGGGAACUUGUCGAGUGUAGCUCGGUGAAGAACCCCGACAUCUUCCGGGCGGCGUUGUUGUCAUUGGGUAAGAUCGGUAUCAUCUGUUACGUUACUUUACGGACGUGUCCUGCUUACACCAUCAAGUCGAAGCAAGAGAUCAUCAAGUUUGACACUCUCCUCGACAUGUGGGACUCGAUCUGGUUGGAUCUGGAGUUUAUCCGUAUCUGGUGGUUCCCUUACACCGACAAGUGUGUGUGCUGGCGGGCGCUGAAGCUGGACGAGCCGCUUUCAGCUCCUCGCCCUUCGUGGUAUGGCACCUGGUCCGGUCGUUUGUUCUACGAGCUGUUGCUUUGGCUCAGUGUACACGUGGCUCCUUGGCUCACUCCUCACGUGGAACGGUUUGUGUUUAGCCGUCAAUACGGUACUGUGGAAACUAUUGGUUACGGUGCUGUGGCCGUGCAACACUCGGUUGAUGGUCUUAACAUGGACUGCUUGUUCUCGCAAUUCGUCAACGAAUGGCUGGCUCCUUUGAUCGAAGGGAAAGAGGUGUUGACGAAGCUUAAGGCGGCUAUAAAAGUGGCUGCUAAUAACGGUGACUACUAUGUCCACGCUCCCAUUGAAGUGCGUUGUUCUAACGUUACUUACACUGAUGUACCCUUUGAAGAAAACGGCAAGCCCUCGCUCAACCCGCCUCAACUGUGGCUUGCUAAGCGCGACCGGCUUUCCACUGGUCCUAUCCCCGGUAACAACUUGCGACCCUACUUAGACAAUUCUCCCGUGCGUCCUUACAGUGACAAGGUCACCAACGAACAGCUCACGUUGUUCAUCAACGCCACCAUGUACCGUCCUUUCCACACCAAUGUCGAGACCAGGGAAUGGUACCGCAUCUUCGAAACGGUGAUGGCUGAUGCUGGUGGUAAGCCUCACUGGGCCAAGAACUUCAUUGGCUUGGACGGCGACCACAUGACGGAUGCGUCGCUCCGUACUCAGCUUGGCUAUGGCGGUGAGAAGUUUUACGCCAUGGACGGCUUCAAGCCGGUGAUGAAGGACUGGUUCGGCGAAAACUUGGUCAAGUAUAACCAGGUGCGGCAAAAGAUGGAUCCCGAUGGCGUGUUUCUGCUGGGGAAGUCGUGGGCCGAACGUAACGGGAUCAUUCUUGACGUCGAGUAA